AUGGUGUCUGAGAAGAGCACGACGCCGGAGGAAAAGUACUCGGGCAACCUCGAGUUGGUGUCCCAGGUCGACCUGCCGUACUACUCCGACGAGCCCAAGACGAAAUGGCAGGAGUUCAAGGACGGGUUCAAGCGGCUGGAAAAGCUGCACGAAGAAGGCCAGUUGGUCCAGGGGAUCAGCAAGCGCCAUCUCCAGGUGAUGGCCAUCUCCACCGGCACCGGCACCGGGUUGUUGGUCGCGGCGCUGAGUAAAUUGGCCUCGGCUGGUCCCGCGGGUCUCUUGGUCGCCUACGCCGUCCUUGGCUACAUCAUGUUGAUCCCCAUGGUCAACUGUCUCUCCGAGAUCGCCAUCGCCUACCCGGGGCUCCCCGGGGGGUUCCAGCUGUACUCGGCCAAGUUUAUCGAUGAUUCAUUGGGUGCCGCGUUGGGCUGGAACUACUACUUAAACUGGCUCGUCGUCAUUCCCUUGGAAAUUGUCACCGCCACCAUGACCAUUAAAUACUGGACCACCACCAUCAACCCCGACGCGUGGGUGCCCAUCUUCAUCGUGGUGGUGCUUUUGCUCAAUAUCUCGUCCCGCGUCUACGGGGAAGCCGAGUACUUUUUCAAUCUCUGUAAAGUACUCAUGGUUUCUGGUUUUAUCAUUUUCGGCAUUUGCGUCACUUGUGGCGCCAGUCCCUCCGGUUUUAUCGGCGGUAAAUACUACCACGACCCGGGAGCCUGGGGCAACGGGUUCCGCGGGUUUUGUACCACGUUCGCCGCCGGGGCGUUCUCUCUUGGUGGCUCCGAAUUCAUUUCGCUUUCUGCGGCUGAAGUGAAAAACCCGACUCGCGCCAUUAAAUCAGCAUCGAAAUUCACUUGGUUCAAGGUCACGGUGCUUUUCCUCGGCUCGUUGUGUAUGAUCGGGUUGUUGGUCCCCUCCAACGACCCCCACUUGUUGAACUCCGGCUCUGCUGCCACCUCGGCAUCGCCUUACGUGCUUGCCGCUUCUCUCCACGGCAUCAAGGUGCUCCCGUCAUUCAUCAACGCCGUCAUUCUCAUCUCGGUCACCUCAGUGGGCACCGCCGCCUUCUACUCCACCUGUCGCUUGCUCCACUCGCUUGCCGAACAAGGGCUUGCCCCCAAAUGGUUCGACUACGUCGAUCGUAAGGGGAGACCCCUCAGGGCGAUGAUCGUGUCGACGUUGGCGAUGUUCUUUGCGUUUAUCGCCGAGUACGAAAACGAAACCGCCGUGUUCAACUGGAUGUUGGCGAUCUCGGCGUUGUCUUUCAUCAUCUUGUGGUUCUUUGUCGGCAUCAUCUUCCUCAGAUGGCGUCAAGCGCUUAAAUACAACAACAUCCCGUUGCUGUCGCUCGCCUACCGGUCGCCCACGGGGAUUUACGGGGCGAUCCUGUGCCUGGUGAUCAACUUUGCCAUCUUGCUCGCCCAGUUCUGGACGGGGUUGUGGCCCAAAAACGGCCACGACGUCGACAUCGCCAACUUCUUCCAGGCGUACUUGGGGGUGAUCUUCUUCCUUGUCCUGUGGGUCGCCCACAAGCUCUACAGCCAAGGGUGGCGCUUCUGGACGUGGCGGUUGUGGAAGCCGUUGUCGGAGAUUGACAUCGACAAGGGCCGCGUCAUCUACGACCCCGAGGUGUUGGAGUUGGAGAAGUUGGAGGCGAAGGAAAACUUCAAGCGGGCCCCCUUCUGGAAGAAGGCCUACAUCCUCAUCUUCGACUAG